CUCCUCGCAACAUAAAUUAGUUGGGCUGAGAGAACGACCAUUGCGGUCGUAUUGUGAACAGUUUUUUGUUAGCCGACAUACUGUUUACAUCGUAAAGUUUUGUUGUAAAAUAAUUAAACAGGAGUUCCGAAAAUGUCGAUUCAGAAUGGACACACCAAACAUUUGAAUGUUGCGGUGGUUGGUGGCGGAUUGGUGGGAUCCCUCGAAGCUCUGUUUUUAGCUAGAAGAGGACACCGCGUUUCUCUUUAUGAAUAUCGCGAAGAUAUACGGAAAACACCACACGUCAGAGGCAGAUCGAUAAACCUGGCCCUUUCUGUGCGCGGGCGCAGAGCUCUACGCGAUGUUGGCUUGGAGGACAUUAUGAUUAAGGAACAUGGCAUACCUAUGAGGGCCAGAAUGAUUCAUAGACCAGAUGGUUCGACAUAUUCCAUACCCUAUGAUACUAGAACAAAUCAGUGCAUCUAUUCGGUGGGCAGAAAUUACUUAAAUGCUGUUCUACUUAAAGAGUCGGAAAAUUACAAAAACGUGACUAGACAUUUCAACCACAAGCUACUGGAGGCUAAUUUACCAAAGGGAGAACUGAAGUUUGUCAAGAUGGACACAAAAGAGACUGUAUCAGUGGACGCUGAUUUGAUAGUAGGCACUGAUGGUGCAUUUUCAGCAGUUCGUCGGGCCAUGUUGAAGCAACCGCUAUUUGAUUUUAGCCAACAAUACAUUGAACACGGGUAUUUGGAGCUGUGCAUACCGCCGAAUUGCCAGGGCGGAUUUCAGAUGCCUCCAAAUUAUCUCCACAUUUGGCCACGUGGUAAUUUCAUGAUGAUAGCCCUUCCUAACCAGGAUUGCUCAUGGACCGUUACUCUCUUCAUGCCUUUUAAGAACUUCAAAGGCAUCGAUUCAGAAAGCAAGCUACUAGAAUUCUUUGAGAAAUACUUCCCGGAUUCGAUACCGUUGAUUGGAGAAAAAAAAUUGAUAGACGAUUACUUUGGUGGGUCACCGUCACCUUUGAUUACAAUUAAGUGUCGACCAUACCACGUAUCCGACAAAGCAAUCAUCAUUGGUGACGCAGCGCAUGCAGUGGUACCCUUCUACGGCCAAGGGAUGAACGCUGGAUUCGAAGACUGCACCAUAUUGAACAAUCUCUUCCAAAAGCAUAAAGACGAUUUGACACAAAUAUUGGCAGAAUUUUCGAACACAAGAUGGCAAGAUGCUUUUGCGAUCUGUGAUCUCGCUAUGUAUAAUUAUAUAGAGAUGCGUGAUCUUGUUACCCGACCCUCAUAUAGGAUAAGGAAAGCACUGGAUGACCUGAUUUAUUGGAUCUCACCAGACCUAUGGGUACCUCUGUACAACUCCGUUACAUUCAGUACGAUGCCAUACAGUCAGUGUGUCAAGAAUCGGCAAUGGCAAAAUAAGGUUUUGGCAAUUAUAAUCUUCGCGGCAGGCGUGUUUGCGUUUAUCCUGUUAUGUUGGGCUCGGAGAUGAAAGAGUGAAAAUAUUGUUUUUCUUUUCUCGUGUAUAAAUGCAUAUUAUUUAAUUUAAUUUAUUAAAUAUUUUUGGAUAUUGAGACGUUCAUUAAAUAGGUAUAUUGUUACAUUUUAUUUAAUGUAGAAAAGAUUCAAUGUAUGCAUUUAAAAUAAUUUUCAAGGUCAAUCCUUCUACGACUAUGAUACAACUUAAGCAUUAAUUCGUGUAUCGCGUUACUAAUUAGUAUGCCAAUAAAAUGUGUAUUUAG